AUAUUUCAACGAAAAAAAAAUACAACAGCGUCUUUAUAGAAGUUUUCUCAACAUUCGAAUGUGAUAUAAAUCCUUCGAUUUUCAAUUUUCGUGCGACAGUCAUCGACGAACUUGAAUAACCGCAAAACAUCGGAAAGUAUGUAACCCAAAUGUAGAUGGCAGUUGGCAACGCACGUUACAACAACGGCACAACAAGGUGUGUCACGACACUCACGACGCUUUUCGUUACUGGAUGAAUAAUAGUAAAUCCUCAUUGAUAACAGUACGACAAAAUUAAGUAUUUUCAUACACGCUUUGACAGAUAAUAUAGUUUCAAAAUGAAUUAUGGAAAGAAAUCACCGAGCAUGGGCACACCGUCGAUAUAUUCGCACGUGACAACACGCAGUAGCGCCAAUCUCAAAUCAUCUAGAUCUGUGCGAAGUGUCAAAAUACCUUGGUAUCAGAAGCCAAUCAUAACGAAUGCAAUCGUGCUCGAUAUUCAACGAGGAGCUAUGAUGACUGCAAUAUAUGGCGUGUGUUUGGGAAUUUUCACCAUAUGCACGGCGGUAUUUGAUAUCUAUUGCCUGUCUCAAGCUGCUCCUGGAUCGACUCAUUACGGAUAUUAUCUAAUAUCGUAUCAAUUUGUCUACGUUGGAAAUCAGCACGUUCGCAACGCUCUUAUUGUAUUCGCCCUCUUUUCAAUGAUCGGCGGAGUGGCCGUCUUUGUAACGUCGAUAAUGUUACUGAUAGCACUGACCAAGGAGUAUGAGAAGAAAAUGCUUCCAUGGGUCUACGUUUUUGCCGUUUUCACCAUCUUCAGAUUAUUCGCAUUCAUAUUCUUCAGUAUUGUUAACGAUAUGAUAUUUGCUUACAAUAUCAUGAUGUGCCUCCUGUGGAUCGUGUUCAGCUGUUUAUCCAUUUAUGGCUGGUUACUCGUUUAUUCGUUGUAUAUCGAACUCAGCGAUUUGACGAAACUUGAAGACUUGGCACAUUUAAGGAUGGGCACCAUGCAGUCACUAAAUGCGUCGACAACUCACUCUAUAGCAGGUUCUAGACCUACGACUCCACACAGUACUGUGUCAACGAUGCCCGUGAAUUGAUAAAAAUUGCCGUAUUCGUUUGGAAUGAUAUAUUGCUUCUUUGCUUAGACUAUUCAGGGGUGUUACGCGAUAUGCAAAACUUGGAAACCUGAAAUUGUCUGAAUAUUUUUUUGCUGUCACAUAUAUAGGCAAAUCAUUAGCCUACGUUCAUUGUAGAAAAGGAACCGCUAGUCCAGAUGUAAGUUCAUGGUCGAAAUUCAUCCUCGUCAGGAUAAAAUCUGAUAGCUAUUUUAUUGGGUUUCUCUUUUUAACUUUUAAUUACAAAUGUCUUCUUGUUCCUUCGCAGUACUGUGAAAAAGGACUUAAAGUUGUCAGCGAAGUAGUCGUAACAACCCUGUUAUUGAAUAGAACUAUUUUUUUUAGUUUAUUUAUCAGGCACAGGUUGGCAUUCUGUAAGAAAGUCACGAAAAUUUUUUCCAAACAGAAAAAUACUAUAUUUCUCUGUCUUAAUAUCAUUCCAUUAAGACAUAAUUAACUGAUUGUAAUACUAUUGAUCACUAUUAUUGUGACGUUUGCAUUUAUGCGUUCGGUUGAUCAUCAUUUCAGAACUGCAUGCUGAAAAUGCUUAUAUGAUUUUAAAUCAUUAUUCACUUUUUUCUCAUUUAUUUCUCAUGAAGCUGUACAAACAAUUUAGUGAUUGAUUAUAUCAAGCUGAAUUUAUUUCCGUCCAAAAUAUAAUGAUAAGUUAGACUUAAUUAUACUUAGAGUUAGGAGUGCUUAGAAUGUUAGUGUUUGAAAAAUUUUAACAAUUUUACAUACCAAUUGCUAUUGAUAUAAAUUUACAACUUGACUACGUAUGUAUACAAUACAUAUCGAAUAUAUAAUUAUAAACAAGUUGAGUAUGAUAUACUCGUAUAUACCGUCUUGAAUCAUAAGCUUCUGAGCUUGAGUUAGAAUUUCUUCUUCUUUCAACUUUUGAAAACUGUACACUCAGGUUUUAGCUGGAUCGUUGAGCAGCUAUUACAUUUUAACUUUUACCUACACUUAUUCUCGCAUUUUAUAUUUUUUGUAUCUACAUUAUGUAAGAAACUAAUUGAUAUUUAUACACGUAGACCUGUCUUAGGGUAACUGAUAUUUUAUUGAAUAACGAUCUUAUCACUCGGCUUCAGUGUUGAUCGUGUAAUUAUAACAUUUAUAGAUCUGAAUACCAUGUACGAUCUAAUUCUGAAUGCUGAACAAUUCCGUCCAAACUUGGCGUCGUUAAACGCUGAUUAAUCAUCGAUUUUUAUAUAUAUAUAUAUAUAUAUAUUGACUUAAUAUUGUAUUUAAAAAAUUUUAUAAAGUAAAAGAUUGCAACGUACUUUUACAUCCAAGCAUACGAAAUUGA